CAAUGACUUGAAGUCGAUCCAAAUAAUCUUAAUCCUACCCUGUUGCUAAGAGCGGCAACACUGCUCCCGGGUGACUUUUAAUGACUUUGACAAGUUGUUAUCGUUGAUGAAUCACAGCUGUUUCUGUUUGCUGGGUGCUGUUUUGUGUUCGCCGAAUAAGAGUUGUAGUCUCAGAUUCAGUCGUAGUAUUAGCAGAUAAAAAAAAUCACAAAGGUAACAAACUGUUACCUGAAAUUUCUGCUUGAUUACCUGAGAGAUCUCGACAUUGUAGACUGCGAAUCAUCGUGGAAAUAUAUUCGAAUCUCAAAACUUGAGGAAAUGGAUUGUGUGUCAAUCAUGAGGAGCUAUUCUCGGUAUCUCCUGAUCAUUUUUAAUCUAAUAUUCUCGCUGACAGGUAUUAUAAUAAUAUCAGUAGGUUUGAGUGCGAAAGCAUACUUCCAUGAGUUUGAUACCUUGUUGGACAACAAAUACUUUUACGUCUCCGACUUCCUCAUUGUGAUCGGUGUGAUUAUCUUCAUGAUUGCCUUCUUUGGCUGCUGUGGUGCGAUGAAAGAAAAUGUUUGCAUGACAACAACGUUUUCUACAAUGUUAGUGAUUGUCUUCCUUCUGGAAGUCGUAGUUGGACUUGCAGGCUUCCUAUUGAAAAACAGAACCGAAGAAUUCCUUGUGGACAACCUUCAUAAGACAAUGAAUCAGUACAACAGUUCCAACACUGAAGUUACUGUGGUUUGGGAUGAAGUUCAACGCCAGUUACACUGCUGCGGAGUUGUCAAUGCCACCGAUUGGAUCAGCUCUACCAACAGCACCAACCAUCAGUUGCCCAUUUCAUGCUGCCCUAUUCCAUCAGGUCAGAGCGAUCAUUUCGAUUGCAAAUUGUACAAUGCAUACAAAGAGGGAUGUUUGGAGGUGUUUGGAGACUACAUCAACAGUAACAUAUCUUAUGUCGAGGGCGUUGGCAUAGGUCUGGCUAUUAUUCAGGUAAUAUUUAUAAAAAUCCGGUUCGCACAAAACGACCCUGAUGAUCAAGUGCAUUUAUUAUUUGAAAAUAUGGCAAGCAUGGCGGCUAUGUCGACUCCAAGACACUAUCGGUAGUCCGCGUCAGCAUAGCUGCAAUGAUGCUGAGUAAGUAUAUGAAAUUUAAUGGAUC